AUGGCAGUAAAAGCUAACAAAAGGAAGGAGGGUGGCAACUCUGUUGCUGCUGCUGCUGCUGCUGCAGCAGCAGGAGCAGCAACAACAGCUGAUGCUGCUCCUCAGAAGAAAAGGCGUGUCGAGGCAGCAGCAGCAGCAGCAGCAGAUUUGUCUGCACCUUCUAAUACUGCAGCAAAAUCAAAAAAGACGAAGGAGCAAAAGCUGCCAGCAAACAGGGAGCAGCAGCAGCAGGAGCAGCAAGAGCACCAGCAGCAGCAGGAGCAGCAGCAGGGGCUCCCCAAUGCUGCAGCAACAAAACAGCGAAAAAACCAGAGGAAAUCACAACAGCAACAGCAUGAGCAAAAGCAGCAGCAGCAGCAAAAGCAGCAGCAGCAGCAAAAGCAGCAGCAGCAGCAAAAACAGCGAAGGCAGCAGCAGCAGCAAAAGCAGCAGCAGCCCACAAGCUCUAUCACCGAAGACCAGAGCCUUGAAGACAGUGAGAGCAGCGACGAAGAGAACAGCAGCAGCAGCAGCAGCAGCAGCGCAGCAGCAGCGGCAGCAGCAGCACAGUUCUGCCGGAGCUCUUCUGGGGCAAAGAAGGGCCCAGACGCUGCAGCAA